UCAGAUUGAAUCCCUACCCGUUCAGGGGGUGGUUUCAGGUAUUUGUGAAUUUCCGCCUCAGAUACUGAGACUAAUCUGUCUAGGCUGGUUUGAGAGCCACACAUUUUAUAUCCUGAGUCUGCAGCAGAAAGGACUGUGGACAGAAGACUCUUUAAACUGCAGUGCAAUUGAGGAGAAGUCAUUCACAAUGAUAUCAAGACAACGGAGAAAGGAAGAGGAGUUACCUGAACUAUCUGGUCUCAUUAGGAAGUUCUGUUUCUCUAUAAGAGGCUUCAGUGAAGAAGACCUGCACACCAUCAGUAAAUAUUACCAGCCCUACCUGGCGUAUGUCAUUGAAUAUGACCUCACCAGCAUCCUACAGAAUUUAGUCACAAAGCGCAUUCUCACUAACGAGGAGGCAAAGAGUUACAAAGACAGAGAGGAUGCUGAGGAUGCUGAAGGUGUAGCCUGGUUUGUAAGUGAUGUGCUUGGAAAGAGCAGAGACGUCGUGAUCAAGCUGUGGGAGGCACUGGCUGAGGAAAUAGUGCACUUCCCAUCACCCAAUAUAAACACAAUACUGGAGGAGGUUGCAGAGGGGGGGUCUGACCUUCUGAAAGAGAUUCAUUAUGAUCAUCACGGACCAGAACUGGAGAGACGUAUUAAAGAACUCCAGGACAAACACAAAGCAGCCCUGGACUCAUACACUAGAGCUCUGGAGGAACAGCCUGGUCCUGGUAAUGCCCACCCCAGAGAGGUGAGCUUUGAGAACCGGUACACAGAGCUGAUGAUCAUUAACCAGUAUAGAAGAACCAGGGGAGAGACUCACCAUGAGCUGCUGGAGACUGGGAAGAAGCAUGCAGAGCUGCUGGAGAGCCGAAUGCAAGAGAAAUGUGAGCGGAUCUGGAUCAAUCAGCUUUUCAGAAGGAGCCCUGGAAGUGAUGAGCCCCCCCGCAUUGUAGUGGUCAGUGGAGUGGCAGGAAUAGGAAAAACCACCAUGGUGCAGAAGCUCAUGUUUGACUGGGUCCGUGACCUUCAUUACCAGAGGUUUGCGUUUGUGUUCCUGUUUAAAUUCAGGGAGCUGAACCUCAUAGAGGAGGAGGAGGAGGCGACGAUGCCCCUUACGAGGCUGAUUGUAAAGCUGAACAAACAUCUAAAUGAUCCGCGGUUAAGAGAGAUCCUGAAGAGACUGGAGUCUGUACUGUUUGUAUUUGAUGGCCUGGAUGAGUACAAGCACAGACUGGAUUUCACACAGAAACGACUCUGCUCAAAUCCAGAGGAUGUCUUUCCUAUUCCUGUCAUAGUCACCAGCCUGAUAACACAGACAUUACUGAAGGGAUGUUCAGUUCUGAUCACAAGCAGACCAACAGCCCUGGAGCCUCUGGAUACAGACAGAGUUGAUCGGUAUGCAGAGAUCCUCGGGUUCUUCCCUGAACAAAGGAAGAGAUACUUCAUGAAAUUCUUUGACUCUCCGCUUGGCACUAAAGCUUUUGAGUAUGUGGAGCAGAAUGACAUCAUCUACACCAUGUGCUACAACACCUCCUAUUGCUGGAUUAUCUGCUCUGCUCUGAGAUCCCAUUUCACUGCAGAAGAAUGGAAACAGAGACACGCCCCCAAAACUAUCGCUGAGCUUUUUGUGAUCUUUAUUACCAACAUCCUCACCAAUCACAAACGAGAAGCUGACGACACACGAGGGAAUCUAGUCAAUAUCGGAAAGAUGGCCUAUCACGGAGUGAAGAAUAGGACCCUUGUGUUUUAUGAUAAAUUUGAGAUGUCUACCUUUGGUCUCACGUCUCUUCAGUCCUCUACAUUCCUCUCUGGGUUCAUGAGAGAAAUCCUGCAAAGAGAAAGCUGUCUGGAGCACACAACCUACACAUUCUUCCACCUCACUGUACAGGAGUUCUUGGCUGCCUGUUACUUUUUCCUUGAUCCAUCAGCGGAUGUCAGUGAGAUGCUUGGAAACCUGGACUCCUGUACAGACGGACGGUUUGAGAUCCUCACUCGGUUCCUGGCAGGACUGUGCAGGUUUCCUAUGACUAAACCACUGCAGAGCAUCCUAGGGCAGUUUGAGACACAAACGGGUAAAAAAGUGUUGUGGUGGCUGAAAGAAAGGACUGAAUGGGCUGUGAAGGAUCUACAGGAUCUACAGGGUCAGCAGGCUCGGCAGAACAAGAAGGAUACAGGAACAGAACUUCUACACAUCUUCCAGUGGCUCUAUGAAACUCAGAAUGCGAUAUUAAUAAAAGACUUGAUUAGAGAGCUGACAAAGCUGGAGUUUAUAAACACAACUUUAAGCCCUCUGGACUGUGCAGUGCUGGGAUACGUCCUCAGCCAAGGUGGAGCUGUCAAAGAGAUUCAUCUUUCAAGGACACGUCUCACAAAGGAGUGCCUGAACAGACUGAGUCCAGCUCUGCACCGCUGUCACACACUCAGGCUGUGGAAAUGUGGUCUCACAGCUAGGUGUUGUGAGGAUCUCGCCUCUGCUCUCUGUACAAACCACUCAAACCUGACAGAGCUGGAUCUGAGAGACAAUGAGCAGUUGAAGGAUUCAGGAUUGAAACUGCUUUGUGCUGCACUGAGGGACCUAAACUGUAAAUUACAGACACUGAAACUGUGGAAAUGUGGUCUCACAGCUGGAUGUUGUGAGGAUCUCGCCUCUGCUCUCUGUACAAACCACUCAAACCUGACAGAGUUGGAUCUGGGAGACAAUGAGCAGCUAAGUGAUUCAGGAGUGAAACUGCUGUGUGCUGCACUGAGGGACCCAAACUGUAAAUUACAGACACUGAGGCUGUGGAAAUGUGGUCUCACACCUGGAUGUUGUGAGGAUCUCGCCUUUGCUCUCCGUACAAACCACUCAAACCUGACAGAGUUGGAUCUGAGAGACAAUGAGCAGCUGAGUGAUUCAGGAGUUAAACUGCUGUGUGCUGCACUGAGGGACUCAAACUGUAAAUUACAAACACUGAGGUUGGGUGAAUGUAGUCUCACAGCUAGGUGUUGUGAGGAUCUCGCCUCUGCUCUCUGUACAAACCACUCAAACCUGACAGAGCUGGAUUUGAGAGACAAUGACCAGCUGAUGGAUUCAGGAGUGAAACUGCUGUGUGCUGCACUGAAGGACCCAAACUGUAAAUUACAGACACUGAAGCUGUGGAAAUGUGGUCUCACAGCUGGAUGUUGUGAGGAUCUCGCCUCUGCUCUCCGUACAAACCACACAAACCUGACAGAGCUGGAUCUGGACUUCAAUGACCAGCUGAGGGAUUCAGGAGUGAGACUGCUGUGUGCUGCACUGAGGGAUCCAAACUGUAAAUUACAGACUCUGAGUCUGAUGAACUCUGGUCUCACAGACGGCUGUGCUGAGGAUCUCUGCUCUGCCCUCGGUGGAAACUGCUCCCUGACUGAACUAGACCUGCACUGGAACUCCUUCACAGACAGCUCUGUUCCCAGCCUCACCCGCCUCAUACAAACCUGCAGCAGUCUGAAGAAGAUUGAGCUGUGGGGUAAUCAGUUCAGUAAGGAGGGGAAGAGGAAACUGAAAUCCCUGCAUGAGGAGCUGAAGAGAUCGGGGUGUAACGUGACUGGGAAGCACAUCUCCACUCUGGCACGCACUUGCAGAUUCUUCCUGAGCAACAUCCGAAGAAUCCGACCCUUCCUCACCAACUAUGCUACCCAGCUCCUGGUCCAGGCCCUGGUACUCUCCCGCCUAGACUACUGCAACUCCCUCCUGGCUGGCCUUCCUGCGUCCGCCACCUGUCCGCUCCAGCUCAUCCAGAACUCUGCUGCUCGCCUGGUGUUCUCUCUACCUCGCUUCGCCCACGCUACUCCACUACUCCGCUCGCUCCACUGGCUCCCGAUCACCGCUCGCAUCCAGUUCAAGACUCUUGUACUAGCCUACAGAUGCCUUGAUCAGACUGCACCCAGCUACCUCCAGACCCUCAUCUCUCCCUACACCCCCACUCGACCUCUCCGCUCCGCCUGCACUAGAAGACUGGCUCUACCUUCGCUACGCUCCCCUGCCUCCCGAGCCCGCUCCUUCUCCACCCUUGCUCCGCAGUGGUGGAACGACCUUCCUACAGAUGUCAGGACUGCCCAGUCCCUGACCACAUUCCGGCGCCUCCUUAAGACUCACCUCUUCAAACAGCACCUGUAGAACUCCUCUGUUGUAUCCUGGGACACUAUCACCCUUCAUUUAAAUAUGCUUUAUUUUGCUCUUAUCUGCCCCCUAUUUUACUGCAUUUAAUCCUGUACCUCAGAAUAUUGUAAUCUCCCAAGUGUUUAAUCUGUAGUAUUUUGUACUUAAUCAUAUCCUGAUGUAACUAUCACUACUUAAUCAUAUCCUGAUGUAACUUUCACUAUUAUCUGCUGUAUUAUUGAAUUGUGGUUUGUCACACUUGAGAAUUAUUGUAUUUCUUGUUCUUAUUGUAUGACUUAUAUUGUAACACUUGAAUGUAUUUGUAUUUGCUUGCGAUUGUAAGUCGCCCUGGAUAAGGGCGUCUGCUAAGAAAUAAAUAAUAAUAAUAAUAAUAAUAGGCUCAAGCAGUGGAACUUGUUGGAUGAAAGUGUGCAAGUCGCAGAUCAGAGGAAGCAUCACCAACCUUUUUCCAGCUUCUUCACCCGUCAAGAUGGGCUCUGCUUCUGCCACAAUGUGACCAGUCUGUUCGAGGCAAUCGGAAUCGCCUGUAACCAGAAUGAGUGGCGCCUCUUCAUUGACAGCUCAUCCAGGAGCCUCAAAGCCGUGCUGCUCCAUAAUGGUAACAAGUACCCAUCUCUUCCCCUGGCUCACUCGGUGCACCUCAAAGAGGAUUACAACAGCAUCAAGACCUUGCUGGACGCCUUGAAGUAUGAUGAGUACGGCUGGGAGGUCAUAUGAGACUUCAAAAUGGUGGCAUUCCUGAUGGGUCUCCAAGGCGGUUUUAGUAUAAAUACAUGUUAAUUUGGAUUCAUAUGUUGUUUUUUUCUGAUUUUAUGUGAACGAAAAGACACAAUUUGCUCGUUUUCUCACUGGAAAUAGGUACAUUUCAAAAUAUCACUGUCCUGGUCACAAAAACAAAGUUUGUGGGGAAUAAUAGCCAUUUUCUAUACUUUUGAGGCAUAAGCAAUUAGGAAAUAACACUUACUACCCAGGAACAAAAAUUGUGUUACAUAGUGUUAUUUUGUGUGUUAUUUCUAAGCCAAAGAUACACAGUCAUUAACACUAGAAAACGCAAACCUGAAGGAAGACUUUGGAGGAGUUACUUUGCAUAAAAAUAAUACAAUUUAUCUUGUUAAGCCCGGGUAACGAGCGCAAAAGGCCAGUUCUCGAGAUUGCUGGAUCACGUUUAAAAGAGCUGUAUCUUUUACUUAGAGAGAAUUUCCAGAGAAGCAGGAUCUUUACAACACGGUGGCUGUUGUGUUCAUGAUUGGCUUUGGGAAUUCAAACUUUAUCCAUACCCUGGCUGAGGAGAAUGGUUAUCCUGUAAAUUGAAGCCUAACCCAAAUGAAAGUGUGCCUUUCUGAUUCCUCAUUUUGGAUUAUAAAAUAUUAUUGUGAAACCUCCAUCUGUGAAAAUAAAACUUGCAUUUUCAUCUACUCUUCGUGUGGACUGGUGUCACUUAACAAAGAACGCGUGCAUGCUUUUGGAAUACAAAACAACAGAGUUUGUUACAGUAUCUUCACAUCAGAGCACACAGUCCUCCUCAUAGAGAAGUGCGGUAUACUGCGUGCAGCCAACAGAGUUUGUAUCUUCACAUCAGAGCACACAGUCCUCCUCGAGCACUGACACCAGCAGUAUCAUACCUGAUAGCUCUAACCAAGGCAGUCAAGACUAUAAAGUUACUAACAUAUACGAUUGUUUCUAAACUGUUUCCUAAACCCCACAGUAACUAAUGGUUGGUAAGUAUAAAGAAAUGACCCUUGCUCCCCCAGCAGCGACUGUCUUUGUUCUCAGUUCUGGAGACUCCUGAGUCUCUCCCACCUGCAGCAUUGAACACCUGGGCAGGUUAACUGGGGAUUGACUGGCAGGGACAAUACUCCUAGUAGGACAAACUGGUUUAUAAACAAUAUGUAAGAGUAAAUUAGACCUGUUAUAAAUGUAUUGUGUAGCCAUGCUACAGUCAGUAAUUGUAUUUGUAAUAAUAAUAAGCGCUGGCAUGUACUAGAUUCAGAGUUUCUCAUCAGUGCUUACCAUGGGUAUUGUUUUAAGAUCACACCAUGGAGAAAUCGGCAAGUGGCUUCUGAUUUAUUUAUUUAUUUUAUUUUUAUUUAUUUAUUGUAUUAUAUAGCGCUUUUUAUACAAAAGUAUCGCAAAGCACUAUACAGUACAUCGCAGAAAAAAAUACGGGGUCAGUAACUCAUGCAAAUAACUAAGUGCUAAUUCAUUCAGGGUCUUGUAAGUUAACAGCAACAUCUUAAAAUCAAUUCUAUACUGCACAUGGAUCCAGUGUAAAAAUAGGGGUAAUAUGUUCAGUUCUCCUGGUUUUAGUCAGAAUUCUAGCGGCGGUAUUCUGAACAAGCUGCAAGCGGGAUACUACAUGUUUUGGGACAACAGAAAAAUGCAGUACAAUAAUCAAUUCUAGAUGAUACAGAGGCAUGCAUUAGUCUCUCGGCAUCAGAUACGGAAAUAAUUGGUCUAAGUUUGGCUGUAUUUCUCAAAUGGUAAAAAGAUACUUUAGUAACUUCCUUAAUAUGAAUCUGUGGCGGAGUGUCCCGCCCCUAUAUAUAUAUAUAUUUGUAUUAUUAUUUGUAUUGUUUGCAGCGAGGAAAAGCGCAGCAUAUUUGUUAUUGUUUUUAGAUUUUAAAAACCUUGCGAGGAUGCAUGACUGAUCAGCUAGUGAUUGUUUAACUAGCUGACAGUCACGCAUCCUUACUAAACUCGUGCAGACUGUGGUCGAGGGGUAAUAAAAUAAUUAACAGCUAGUUAAUCCCAGAAUAUAAAAGCCUCCAGCUGUCCACGCUAAAGCGGAGAGUGUACAGAGGAGAGUACGGGAGAGCGAGCAAGGAGAGCGAAAAACAACUGUCAAAAACAACUGCUAUAUUUAAAUAUACUUGUUUCUGUUUAUUUGUUUGGCCAACGUGCCCUUUUGUUUUGUGGUGUUUUGUGUUUGUUUAAAUCUUUUUGUUUGUUUGUUCGUUUAAUAAAAUAGCUGAGCGCCGUAGCGUUCAGUUCCACCACUGCCAUUCCAUCCAUUGUUUGGUUUCUGUUACUUCCUGGUCCGUGACGUCACCACUCACACGCCACUCAACAGCACUCGCUCACAGAAUCUCAAAUGAUCGAUCAGGAUCAAAGAUUUCUAGUUUAAGUUUUGAUGAGAGACUGCAAGGGUCGAGCUCAUGUAAUUCCACAUUUCCUUUUAGUUGGUUCUGUGAUCCCACUAGCAUAACCUCUGUUUUAUCGGAAUUCAACAUUAGAAAAUUCUGUGACAUUCAGUGCUUGAUGUCUGUAAGGUAAGAAGCUAAUAACACCCAAGCAGAAGAAAUUCCUGGCUUUAGGGACAAAUAUAGCUGCGUAUCAUCAGCAUAGCAAUGGAAGUCCACGGUAGCAUAUAUAAUGAAAACAACAAGGGGCCUAGAAUGAAGCCCUGUGGAACACCACAGACAACUUCCGAUAAUGCCGAUUUUACCUCUUAAUAGAGAUAAACUGAAACCUAUCAGAAAGAUAAUAUUUGAACCAGGAUAGGACAAGGCCAGACAGUCCCAUUGUGCUUUCAAGACUUUCAGUAGGAUGGAAUGGUCUACAGCAGUGGUUCCCAAACUUUUAAGAUCACACCAAGGAGAAAUGGGCAAGUGGCUUCAGAUUUAGACCAGGUACUUUGAAAUAUUAGGACAAAAAGUAUUGAUUUCAUAUUAGACUGUAGCUACAUGGUUUUUAAAGUUCUUUUUUUUUAAUCUGGGUAUUUCUAUUUCAACAGCAAGCUAAAGAUAGAGCUGCUCACAGCUGCUUUCCACUUGUCUUAAAGGGACAGCGCAGCUAACA